AUGUUUUCAUCAACGUGCCCUUCCUACUGCAAAUCUCGAUGGCAUUACCUUUUUGAGGUACAACUUUGGCUCGCGAGGCGUGAAGCACUGAUUCAAUGGCUUGAACCUGAGGUCGCGCGUGCAGGGGCAAACAAGAACCCAGAGGACGACUUGUCCAAGGCAGAGGGUGAGGGACUGCGAAGGCUUGCAGUUGCCGGCCUUGAUAGAGCAAUCUUCUGGGCUGUGUUUUGGUCAGCCUACAUCAUACAGUCGUGGGCCUUCAAUGCGAACAAAUGGGUGCAUGCUUGCCCUUGCCCAGCCCACCGCGACAAGGAGCUGCAGCCCAAGACCAGAGGCACCAAGAGAAAGCCAGGGUCAGAGUCAGAGCCAACCGCCAAUUUUGAGCACAAGUGCCCUAUGAAUGGCAGACGCUUGAUCGAACUGGCUUGCGGCAAAGCCAAAAGCUUUGCGCGUGAGUUGAAGAGUCUACACCUGGAAGGCUAUCAGCCGGCAGCAUCAGCUUUGCAAAAGCUGAGACAAAUGGGUGACGUGGGGAAAGCGGAUGAGAUCUCCAAUGCAUUCAUUGUCGCGCAGCGCAAGGUUUUGUUACGCUUUGAGCAAGGGACUUCUUACUAUUCAACCUUCCCCUGGAGUAUUGUGAGGUUGUUGGGUUACAUUGUUGAGCCGGUAGGGAAAGAGAGAGAACACGCAGUUCAUCAGAGCCGCACGUUUGCUGUUGAACUUUGCCAGAUGUUUGACGCUGGCCAGCUGAAUGUGAACAACUUUGCUGGUGAUUUUUUCCGAGGGUCGUUGUUGGCAUCACUGCGUGCAUGGGCUUCGGGUAGAGACACGGCAAUGCCCCAAAACUUGUUUCGAGAAACCCUUGCGUACGGGCUGAGCCUUGUAUGCAUGCAACGCCUGGAAGGGCGUCAUCAUCUGGUGAACAUGAAAAUGGGGGGAAGUCGGGCGUCAACGGCUGCCACAGUGUCUGCGGCCCUCAGGCGGCGACAAAAUCCAGACACGCGUCAGGCAAACUUUAGAGAUGAAUUCGAAGAACACUUGCAAAAUUUCCAGAUGUUGGUGCCAGAGAAAUGGAACUCUCUGGCCGAACUCCAUAGGCUUGUGUCUGGCCAGAAUCUGGACAUCAUGUUCAGUGAUGUUUCCCGUGAAGAAUUGGUGAUUGCUGAAGCGGCGCAAGCCAGAAACCACACUGCUGGUGACAUAGUGUUGUUCCAGCAGCACAUCAAAACUGUGCUUCGGGAAGGGUCAUGCUAUGCUAUUCCGGCUUGUGUGGAUGCAUGCGGUGGUGAUACUUACUAUGAUAUUGUGCAGCUUCUGAGCCUGAAGCCAUCCGCCAAAAAGUACAUGGAGCGCGUUGUAGGGAUCAGCUGGUCCGGAGCACCGGACAAGUGGCAAGACAGUGUGGCCGUGGCGGUGCUUGGGCGUUGCAAGUUUUCACCUGAGGGCCCCAUUGAUCUGGAGGCCCCCUGUAUGAUGGAGAGCCAGUUGUGCCCCAUUCCUGCUGACUAUACGUUCGCUGCCAGCACCAGCAGUGUGGAAUCAUUUCCAGUGCAGAAACUGUUCAGGUUUAAAUUCGAGAACAUUUACGAGUUCAGUUGUCGCAAGGCCGCUUGCCACUUCGCAGAAGACGCGGUGCUUCAGCUCAUGGAAGACACAUACGGCAAUGACGAAGCCCAGCAAAGCGAUGUCCAGUGUCGCCCUGUCAGACGCGCAAGCAGCCAAAUCAGUUUGGCAUCUGCAGCUGAAUCCUGUGAUUCUGGGGAUGCCAGAAAGCAGCUAGCGUCACCGGACCUUGUUUUGACGCACCUGGCCAGGGAUAAGAUCCUGCAACUUGGAAAGAAAGUUGGUGCUUCUGGGAAGCCAGUAUCCUUGCACGAUAAAGAUCGUGCGGCUGCAGAAUGGCUCGUCGGCCAUGAGUUCGCGUCUUACACCGCGCAAGGUCAGCUUGUGCUCUUAUCAGCCGCCCUCCAGACAACAACCAUACUAGAAGGGCCACGGCCAGUGUCUGGGCCAACGGACAAUCUACAAGACAGUGUAUGGGGUUUACGACGCAAACUUUUCAAGAAGGGGUGGUCUUCCGGGCCAGCGUCAACAGCCGCAGCUUCAACCCGUCACUACAAUGAAAAGAAUGCUUUCAGACAGUACUUGGCACUGCUUCUAGAUAGACCUGCUUGUGUCGAACGACAUGAACAAGCAAAUGCAUUCUCCCACGCUGUGAUGGCCGGAGGGUAUUAUGAAUGCUUUCACAUUGCCUGUGCUAGGCAGCACGAAGAUGUCGUGCUUGGGCUGAUUUGGCUUGUUGUUGUUGUUGUUGCUGCUGUUAAAAGUAAGUUUAACCGAAUGCUUGAGUGUGCCCUGACACGUGGACAGCAAGGCAUUGUUCGCUAUCCCGCGAAAUAUGACUGCAGCUGGUUAUGCUGA